GAUUGAUUUGUGGUAACCUAUCGUAACUUCAUCAUUCGUCAGUGUUUGUGUUUGGUAAAAUUAAUCGAAAACCGACUUUAAUUAGUUUAAUAUUUAUUCGUUAUAAACAACUGUCGCAAUGAAGGAAUCAAAUGAACCAACAUCCAGUUCCACCGUUGACGAGGUACAACGAACGGAUACACCCGAGCAGGAUGACUCAGAGCAGCAGCAACCGUCUAGUACGGAUGAAAGGCCUCCCGUAAAGAUGGAGGAUGUUAUAACCAUUGAUCCCGAAACGACGGAUGUGGAUUUAAAUCACGGCCGAAUCGGGAAGAUUGAAAAUUUGGAGCCGCUGGUUAAGCUGGAACGGCUAUUUUUGCGGUGGAAUUUGAUUAAGAAGAUCGAAAAUUUGGAUCAUCUCACAUUACUACAGGAGCUGGAGCUGUACGAUAAUCAGAUAACAGAGUUGGAAAACUUGGAUAAUUUGACCAGCUUGAUAGUACUGGAUGUCAGCUUUAACCGGUUGCAUAAGAUUCAAAAUUUGGACCGGUUGGUGCAUCUUUGUAAGCUGUAUCUCUGUUCCAACAAAAUCUCAGUGAUCGAGAAUCUGAAUCAUUUGAGUAAUCUAACUAUGCUAGAGCUUGGAGAUAAUAAAAUCAGGAAAAUUCAAAACCUCGAUGCCUUAACCAAUUUAACACAACUCUACUUGGGUAAGAACAAAAUUACCAAAAUAGAAAAUUUGGACAUGUUGGUCAAACUAGAAUGUUUGAGUUUGCAAAACAAUCGGAUAGUAAAAAUCGAAAAUCUGGAAAAAUUGGUUAAUUUGAACGAGCUGUACCUGUCGGAAAACGGGAUUGAAAAGAUAGACAAUCUCGAAAAUAACAAGCUCAUAGAGACGUUGGAUAUAGCUAAAAAUCGCAUAACAGUGAUUGAAAAUGUUGCACAUUUGAGUAAUUUGGAGGAGUUUUGGAUGAAUGACAAUGGUGUCUCUGAUUGGCACUGUGUCAACGCGUUAACCGAGAACAAGAAGCUUGCUACGGUUUAUUUAGAGCGCAAUCCAAUCGCUUCAGAUGUCAACUACAGAAACAAACUUAAACUUGCCGUGCCUUGGUUGACGAAGAUUGAUGCUACCUUGUGUCGUUAGGGAGGUUAUUGCAUCGCAUCCCAAGGGCUAUAGAACUUUGUACAUUGCCACCGGGGAAAAAGAUAAAAUUUUGAACAAACUAAAAUAAAUUAUAAAAUUGUGAUGCACGCUCC